GCCGCGCGAAGCUCUUCCCGAACCUUUACGACGACUGCGUCCUCACCACGACCCGAUUGAUACCCCCCAUAGCGCGUUUCGCGACAACACAUAUUUCAAGAUGCGUCCUACUCAGACCAUGCUCGGUGGCGGCGGCGGUGCCCCCAUCGGCAAGCACAACCACUACCUUGGUGGCUGGGGUAACUUUGGUGGCAUGAAGCAGAGGGGCAUCAUCUCCUACGGUAUCAGCCCUAACCGCCAGAACCCCCUCGCCGGCACUGCCCACGACGCCGUUUUCAACACCUUCAGACGUGUCAGCUCCCAGUUCCUCUACUGGGCCCCCUCCCUUGUUGCCGGCUACUACAUCAUGAACUGGGCUAUCGAGCGGAACCACUACCUCAACUCGAAGGCCGGUCGUGCUGAGUUCGCUGGCCAGGAGGAGUAAGCGAUGGACUUUACGAUACUUGGGCACGGAACCAGAGUGCAGUUCCCGAGAGAGAGAACUAGUACUCAAUAGACUAACCUGUAUAUCACCAUCUUUAUUCCCACGCGGUUCGAAUUGGAGUUGGCAUAGACAAGACAUGGACCUCUCUUAUGGGUAUCGGCAUGUGCUGGUUUUGGAUCUCAUACGACACCUGAAACACCACCACCAAGUCGUUUCUUGUUUACAUUCGGCUCGACAGAUCGCAUGUGAUUUCCAGCCUUGUCACGAUCCUAAUCUAUCCACGCAUCAUCCGGACAUUCCCUUGGUU